UCAGUAAAUAUAAUCCUGCCUCAGUGCUUUGAGGAACCCCGUCCUCCUCCUCCUCCUCCUCCCCCUCCUCCCACAGAGGAUGCAGGACAGUGUUCAUGGUCCUGAGCUCUGACUCCUGACUGCACAGAGAAGUGGUCGCGACCAUCACGGUGACAGUCAGAACAAAAUCACGCUCUUGGAUCCGAUUUGUCUUUUUCUUCUUCUGGCUUUCUCCCCCCAUCCUCCAUAUCCUUUGACAUUUCUGUUGAUUCAUGACAGCAUGACGGGACUCGGACCUGCACAUUUGGGAUAAUUGGUUUUUUAUUUUAUUUUUUUUAAAUAAUGGUUCGUUUCAAAUGUACAUCUUCACGGAGCUGCAGCUGAGGUUUCAUUCAAAGACCGACUGUUUCUCUCAGCGUGAUGGAUACAAAUGAGUUCGCAGUACUCAAACUUUUUGUUAUUGGUAUUUUGGUCAAUGCCUGGAUGAUGAGAGGGUUGUCAGCCACUGACAGUUUAAACACAGAGCCCACUCCUCCCCGGCCGAGGAAACCCUGCAAUGAAUCCUGGCUACAGUGGGAGAUGGAGGUCUGCGGAGAGGAGUUCAAGCGAGACAUGGGUCACAUCGAUCCACAGUACUGGUGUAAUCUCACAUACUUCAUCAGUGAGUACCACCUCUUCACACACUGCACAGAGACGAAGUCCUUAAUCGCAUACUGCUAUUGGCCCAAUCCGAUCGUGGAGAGCUACAUCGUUCGCAUACACAAGCACUUUUUCUCCAACUGCACCAUUGAACAGGUGGUAUUGCUGGACCCGCCGGACGACACAUUAACCAUUCUUAUCCUCAUUCCUGUUUUCCUCACAUUGGCCAUGAUCGCCCUGGUGGUAUGGUGCAGUAAGAGGAGUGAUAUCUUGGCUUAGGAGUAGAGAAAGGUGGAAUAAGAUGACGAAGAGCGGGAAAAGGAGUUCAAAGUCACAACCUAUCCACUUAAUCAAUACUGUACAAAGAAGUGCACAGAGGUUUUGUGAGAUUGCUUCAGUUGGUCAGAUUACCCCAUAGUUUGUGCUGUAAACAAGGGAAGUAGUGCCUGAUAAUACAAAGUAGUUUUCUUUAAUAUUUUGAUAUAUUAUGUGUAAUAUGUGUAAUACUAUCGAUCAACAUGUUCAGCUAUCCAGCAGGUCUCUUUAGUAUAGGAUCUGAGUGUGUGUUAAUACUGAACACUACAAUCUUUUAAAAUAUGCUUCUUUCUUUUUUUUUUCUUGUAGCUGGAACCAACUUCUGGUUAGCUUAGCUUAGCAUAAAGACUGGAAACAGGGGGAAACAGCUAGCCUGCCAAAGGUAAAGAAAUUCUCCUACCAGCACAACUGGUGGAGCAGUAUUCAGGUGCAGUACUUCCUGGAGUCACCAUGCCCAGAAACUAGUCAAGACUUUGGGAAGUAACUGCAUCUGAACAAAUAAUUUGGCAUGUAACAUAUAACCUCAUGUAAAAACCAAAGUGUCGCUUUCACACUUUGGGGUUUGUAUGGAUUAAACACAGAAAAUAAAACAAGUUAUUUAGUGAGUGUAUAGAUGGUGGAUUUUCUGCUCCUUGGAUGGAGCCAUGGCCGUUUUCCCUUGUUUCUCAUAUUUAAGCUACACUAAGCUUCUCAUUUAAAUAAUGACAAGAAGUAAAUAAGUGCAUUUCUCUAAUUCUUCACUUCCUUCAAGACAGAGAAGAUUUUUUUAUCAUUUGAUGGUGUCAUUACUUAGGGGGUAACUUGACCAAGUAGGUGAUCAACCAAAUCUUGGGUGAAUUCUUUAAAGCUCAUGGAUGUGGACCGUUAACCUCGGAGAUUCUUGUCAGAGCACUGUAUCGUUGCUGAAAGCCAAAGUAUCUACCAAGCAUCAGAGGCAGUGACGAAACUCUAAACUGAUGGGAAUUGGAGACUCCCUGAGGACAAAUAUUUUACCAUGAUACUGCAUGAUGGCUUGGAUACAAGAAGCCAAAUGUGGACUAAUGAUUCUGCAAGUUUAAUCUUACUGUUGAGUUACUCAAUGGACUGUCACCACUGGAAAGGAUACACUGGCGGGCAACCCAAAGACAAGGCAACACUAUGAUUCAUAUAUUUUGGAACUUGAAUUUCUUGUGUGACUACCUGAGCCACAAUGGACUCUUUCAUAAUAGUGUAACUUAUCAGAUAUUGUUGAAUAAAAUACUGUUAAUACUCACAAAGAGGGGUUCUCAAUGGAAACAAAAAACUAUGAACUGAUAUUGAGACCUCAUACUGUACAGUUAUGUAUCUGUGUGUCUCUGUCUGUGCUGUCUACUGUAUCUGCAUUGCCUCUCCAGUGUUACUCAGAUGAGUGAAAACACACACUGAUGCUUUGAAAUUAAUUCCUUUGGGAAAAAGCCUGAUUUAAUGUACGCACUUCAUUGGUUCUUUGAGCUGCAGUCCUCACCAGCCAUGAGGCAAACUAAACCGAGCACUGCUUUUUUAUUUUCUUCCAAAGCAUAUGGCAUCAAUCUGUUUGUCUGCUCACACCUGCACAUUUUUGUCUAUGGAAAUUGAAACUCCUCAGCUAAAGUACAUUGAUUAGAUCUCUCUUAAAAUAAUUGGUCGCUCCCCUUCAUUACGUGAACAAAGCAAGUACUUUCUAACUAAAUUUGUCUAUCUUACUUCAUAAUGUGAAUUGCCUUUUAACAAAAAAAGUUUUUUCAUGAUUUGAUAAGAAGACAAUCUUCCCUAUCAUUAACGACUUAUGUAACAGCAGUGAAUAUAUUAGUAACCUCAGUUUCUUUCCUCAAUUAGAUUUAAUUAUUUAAAAGAACGAAAGCAUUAUGGCAUUAACUUAUGUUAUAUGUCUAUAAUCUAUGUAAACAAACAUUGGGCUCUUUACAUUGUAUUUUACCAGGCUGGAUUUGACAGUAUUGUUUCCUUGAAGCAGUGGAGAUACUGUCAGAGGAGAAAGUAACAUGCCUCUUCUGAAGUCAAUUAAAGAAUCAGGUACUAACCUUUAAGUCAAAACUAUAAUCAUAAUAUUAAACACUAUUAUAGACACUAUUUGUGGUUGUUAUUUGUCUGCAUUAAGAUUCUGUAAUUACUGUAAUUAGUUAUAGUUAUAGUUUUCAUUGUUAGUGGUGGAGCCUGCCUGUGCUCAAUUUGGACUCACCCCCUUAGGUGAGUCUAAAAUGAUGCAUGUGUACAACUUUAUACCCUGAAUUAUUAAUACUUGGACUCGAGUGUCAGAUGUUUCCAGUAAGUUCAGUACAGAACAAGUUCUCAAACUGAUAAUCAUAUAUUUAAAUCCAAAAUUGCUACUCCCAGCUCCUUUAGGAAUAAUGGAAAAAUACUAAAUACUAAAAGACCUGAGCAUUGUUUGUGUGUAAAGGGGGCAUGAGUUGCAUUAAGCAUGAUUCAAAGCAACUCUCAAGUGUCAUGAUCCAUUACCACAUCUCCAGGUGCCUCCUCCAUUGAGUUUCUUUGCUCUGAUGUCACCCAGAAGAUUUUUCCCCCUACCUGAGAGAUCCCAUCACCAUUAAAAGGAAAGGCAAUGAUAACCGGCUUGCAUCGUCUAAUCCUGAAGGGGCAUGUUAAUUUUCUCAUUUGAAUAUCUGCUCGCUGAAUUAUUUACUGUAUAUUCUAUUUAAGGUCACGAUUAAAGUAAAAAACAAGCAGGAACUGUGUUUGCUGUCCCACUUUACUAUUUCUCACUGUGGUUGCGAUGUCAGUGAUAUGACUAUAUGUUAGAAAAUUGGUACAAAUACCCCAAACUGCCGACACCUCCAGUUAAAUCUGCACUGUACAAUACAGCCAUAUAUACUCCA